UGCAUACAACAGCCGCGCGCGGCAGCGAGUGCAGACCCUGCUGUUACAGGAUGGCGCGCGGAGCUUGGGCGGCGGUUUUCCUCCUUCUCGGUUCGGUUGUGGACCCCUGCUCCUCUCAGACCUACGCCCUGAACGAUAAAGCGGGUCUGGGCAGAGUUUUUGACGGAAUUGGAGGUUUGAGCGGCGGAGGGGCGACGUCUCGUUUACUGGUGAAUUAUGCUGAGCCGUACCGCAGUCAGAUAUUAGACUACCUGUUUAAGCCCAACUUUGGAGCUUCUUUGCACAUACUGAAGGUGGAGAUCGGAGGAGACUCUCAAACUACUGAUGGAACAGAGCCGUCACACAUGCACUAUGAGAGCGAUGAGAACUACUUCCGAGGCUACGAGUGGUGGCUGAUGAAAGAGGCCAAGAGGAGGAACCCAAAUGUCACACUCAUAGGUUUACCCUGGGCCUUUCCUGGUUGGGUGGGCCAUGGUAAGAACUGGCCCUAUGAUUUCCCAGACAUCACUGCAGCAUACGUGGUGAACUGGAUCCUCGGUGCCAAGCAGUACCAUGACCUGGACAUUCAGUAUGUCGGGAUUUGGAAUGAGCGAAACUUUGACAGCAAGUACAUCAAGCUGCUGCGUUACACUCUGGAUAAGAAUGGCCUGGAGGGGGUCAGGAUCAUAGCCAGUGACAACCUGUGGGAGCCCAUUACCCUGUAUCUGCUGCUAGACCCAGAGCUCGGCAGAGCUGUAGACGUGAUAGGGGCCCACUACCCAGGCACCACCACUGUGAAGGAGGCUGUGAAGACGCAGAAGAAGCUGUGGUCGUCGGAGGACUACAGCACUUUCAACGAUGAGGUGGGAGGAGGUUGCUGGGCUCGCAUCCUUAACCAGAACUACGUCAACGGAAACAUGACUGCCACCAUCUCCUGGAACCUGGUGGCCAGCUACUAUGAGGAUCUGCCAUUCGGCAGAGACGGGUUAAUGACAGCUGAGGAGCCCUGGAGCGGCAACUAUGUUGUGGAGUCCCCUAUCUGGAUCACAGCCCACACCACACAGUUCACCCAGCCAGGAUGGACCUACCUGCAGACUGUUGGACAUCUGGCACAAGGCGGAAGUUACGUAGCCCUGACUGACGGGACAGGAAACCUCACUGUUGUCAUUGAAACAAUGACUCAUGAUCACUCAGUGUGCAUAAGACCUCCACUACCUCCCUUCAAUGUGACAUCCCAGAAUGCAACUUUCCAGCUCCAGGGAUCCUUUGCCUCCAUCAAGGAACUCCAAGUGUGGCGGUCGCAGUUUAACUUCAAAACAAAAAAGCCCUCCUUCUUUGAGAAACUAACUCCACUGAAGCUUGUUGAUGGAUCCUUCACCUUAAACCUAGCUGAAGAUGAAGUUUACACUUUAACCACGAUUACAACAGGACAGAAAGGAAGUUACCCAGACCCACCCCCUUCCGCCCGCUUCCCUAAAGUCUACAAGGACAACUUUGACAUCCGAAACCCCCCCUUCUCGGAGGCUCCGGACUUUGCUGACCAGACAGGGGUGUUUGAGUACUACAUCAACCUGACUGACCCUGGACCUCACGUCUUUACCUUACGACAGGUUCUGACGGAGAGACCCGUCACAUGGGCAGCUGAUGCCGACCAGACCAUCAGCGUCAUAGGAGACUACCAGUGGCACGACCUGACGGUUACAUGUGAUGUCUUCAUGGAGAGCGUUAAGACCGGUGGGGUCUUCAUAGCAGCCAGGGUGGAUAAAGGUGGCCAGUCAAUCCGCAGCGCUAAUGGAGUCUUCUUCUGGGUGUUUGCAGAUGGCACAUACAAAGUUACCAAUGAUCUCGCUGGACAGACUGUACUUGCAGAGGGACAGUCUGGUACCCGAGCAUAUGGUUGGCACACCUUAUCACUCACUGUGAAAGGCCAGUACGCCUUGGGGCAGCUGAAUGGAUACCCUCUGUGGAAGAACGCUGUGGUACUGACUCCAAAGAACGGCUGGGCAGCCAUAGGAACGCGCUCAUUUGAACUGGCUCAGUUCGAUAACUUUGCUGUGGUGGCAGGAUAAGGAUUCUACUGUGAAAUAAUCAUUUACACUGUGCAGUGAAUAUUGUGAUUAAUUUAUUGACUUGUUCAAAGCAUUGAUUUUAACACGAUAGGUGCAAUUUUUUUUUUCUCUUUAUGAAAAGGUUUUACACAAGAAUUAAGGGAACAAGAGGUUAUAUAAUGUAACAAAGCACUGCACCCUUGAAAGUUCUUGUCUGAUAUAUUUGUUAAUGAUUUUGCACUGUCUGGUUUUUAUGGAAUAAAGAGAUUUUUAUGUUUUUGGGGAAA